CCACGUCCGCUUCUUCUCUCUCCCUAGCACGCAACCGAGUCGAGACUAGACAAGGGGAGCAGCCGCCGCGAUCCAAGUCCUCCUCCGCCGCCGCCGACGCCGCCAUGGAUCCGAAGCUGGUGGAGGUGACGCAGCUCUUCUCCCGCUUCAAGGCAGCCUUCGCCAGGAACGACUUCGACACCUGCGUAGACCUGCUGUCGCAGCUCAAGGUCCGCCUCACCAAGUUCCCCAGCCUUCCUCCAUCAUUUCAGCAGACACCGAAUGCAGUGGAAGAGCUGAAAAUUGCGAGGGACAUCUAUGAGCAUGCAGUUGUUCUGAGUGUGAAAAUUGAAGACCAAGAUGCAUUUGAAAGGGACUUUUGUCAACUCAAACCUUAUUACAUGGAUACAUGCGGCAUAAUUCCACCAUCACCACAGGAGUAUCCAAUCUUGGGUCUUAAUCUUCUAAGGCUGUUAGUUCAGAACAGAAUUGCAGAGUUCCACACUGAGCUGGAACUUCUGCCGGUCACAGCACUUGAAAAUCCUUGCAUCAAGCAUGCGGUGGAGCUUGAGCAGUCAUUUAUGGAGGGUGCUUACAACCGAGUGUUGAGCGCUCGCCAGGCUGUGCCCCACGAAACAUAUGUGUACUUCAUGGAUCUUCUUGCCAAAACAGUCAGAGAUGAACUGGCUGGUUGCAGUGAGAAGGGUUAUGAUUAUAUGUCAAUAGCUGAAGCAAGACAAGUGCUGAUGUUCAGCUCUGACAAAGAAUUGCACCAGUACAUCGCAGAGGAGCACCCUGAAUGGGAGGUAAAGGAUGGUUCCGUCUUCUUCCAGAAGGCGAAGGAGACCCAGCCCUGCAAGGAGAUACCAUCUUUGCAGGUUAUCAACCAAACGCUCAGCUAUGCUAGAGAGCUGGAGCGGAUUGUAUGAUUUGUUAAUGAAUAUCAUUUGAGAUCAUUUGGGACGGCAUGUUCAUGCUAUGUACACAUCAGGUGUCACGGUUGAGAUGCGCAUGUUGCAGCUUUGAACGUUUGAGAUGCCCAUGUUACCUUAUGAUACUUUUUUUAAAAAUUUCAUUUAAUGGGCUGGAUCUGUGUCUGAUGUUUGGCUGCCCAGUAACUCUGAUCGUGUUUUGAUAUGUCAGUUCGUGAUCAAUUUACUUUGCUGAAUAGCUGUCCUGAAAAUGUUCAGUAUUAGUCGUGAAUUGCAACUGCAAACUGUUGGGCUUAUGAUGAUGAAAUGAGAUCGUACUUAUUUUGA